GGCCGGCGGGCGCAGGCCCUGGGUGUGGAGGCGGGCGAGGUGGGGGCGCGUCGGCUGCGUCUGGUGGCGAAGGGUCGUCCGGCGAGCGUGGAGGUGAGCGGGGCGAGCGGGGCGCUGGUGGUGAGCUCGCGGCUGGACCGGGAGGAGCUGUGCGGCAAGAGCGCGCCGUGCACGCUGCGCCUGGAGGUGCUGGUGGAGCGGCCGCUGCGCGUCUUUCACGUGGAGCUGGAGGUCACCGACAUCAACGACAAUGCUCCGCGUUUUCCUGUUCCACUAAAAAACCUCAGUGUCACGGAAUUAACAACGCUUCCUGGCUCGCGUUUCCCUUUGGAGGGCGCGUCGGACGCGGAUAUCGGAGCGAACGCGCAGCUCUCCUACAAACUCAGCCCCAGCGAGCAUUUUACUCUAGAAGUAAAAACCGUAGAUGAAACCAGGAAAUCGUUGUUUCUGGUGCUGUCGAAGACGCUGGACCGCGAAGCGGUGGCUGAGCACCGUUUGCUGCUGACGGCGAGUGACGGAGGCAGACCGUCAUUGUCGGGCACGAUGGAGCUGGUGAUCUCGGUGCUGGAUGUGAAUGACAACGCCCCCAAGUUCAAUCAGUCAGUCUAUAAAGUGCGGUUGACAGAGAACACCCCAGAGGCGACACCGGUUGUGCGCAUUAACGCCACGGAUCCGGACGAGGGGAUUAAUGGUCAAGUGUCGUAUGCAGUGAGCAGUGUAAUCCCUGCUACUGGGACAGACCUGUUCGUAAUAGACCCAAGGACAGGGGAGAUGAGGUUGAAGGGGCCCCUGGAUUAUGAAGAUGUUCGUGUUUACGAGAUACAAGUGGAAGCUAAAGACAAGGGACACGCUCCGCUGACCGGACAUUGCAGCGUGGAGUUGGAGGUGUUGGACGUGAACGACAACGCGCCGGAGGUGUGGGUGACGUCGCUGUCGGUGCCGGUGGCCGAGGACGCGCCGCUGGGGACGGUGGUGGCGCUGCUGAGCGUGUCGGUACGAACUGGUGGCUGGUGGUGGCCAUCUGCGCGGUGUCGAGCGUGUUCCUGCUGGCCGUGGUGCUGUACGCGGCGUCGCGGUGGUCGCCGCGGGCGUCCGUGCUGUCGGGGCCCGGUCCGACGACGCUGGUGUGCGCCAGCGAAGUGGGGAGCUGGUCGUACUCGCAGCGCCAGAGCCGGAGCGUGUGCGUGGCGGAGGGCGCGGGCAAGAGCGACCUCAUGGUUUUCAGCCCCAACUUUCCCCUUCCGGCAGAAAAUGGUUUUGUUGGGAAGGAGGCGUUGCUGA